CAGGCCCGGGGUCGGCAGCGGCGGGGGCCCGGGGAGGUUUCCCGAGGAAGGUGACGAAUGACGGGCGGGACGCACCCGAACGAGUGAGGAAGGGGUCACUUUCAGGGUGGGCGCCCGGCUCAGCCUGUCCAGCCCCGCCCCCCCGCAGGCCAGCUGCUGGAGUCCAAGGCGCAGCGCUGAGCUCUGACGUCGGCUGAGCCGGGUCCGCCAGCCCUCCGGUCCCUACCCCGGCGGCCCUAGACCCUCGGAGCCCUGCAGGACCUGCUGACUGGCUACCUGUUUGGUUUGCUGUGCUCUGUGUCAGCCAUGGAUUCCAAUCUCCAACAGGAAAUCUUGGUGGCUGAGCAAAAUUGUGACCCGAGAAACAGCAACUAAGCAUUUGGGAUGCUGACAAGAGGCUGGUGUAUACGCUAAGGUCUCCACCAUGGACCCAGACCCCCAAGCGGGCGUGCAGGUGGGCAUGCGCGUGGUGCGCGGCGUGGACUGGAAGUGGGGCCAGCAGGACGGCGGCGAGGGCGGCGUGGGCACGGUGGUGGAGCUCGGCCGCCACGGCAGCCCUUCGACCCCUGACCGCACAGUGGUCGUGCAGUGGGACCACGGCACCCGCACCAACUACCGCGCUGGCUACCAGGGCGCACACGACCUGCUGCUCUAUGACAACGCCCAAAUCGGUGUCCGCCACCCCAACAUCAUCUGCGACUGCUGCAAGAAGCACGGGCUACGGGGCAUGCGCUGGAAAUGCCGUAUCUGCUUUGACUACGACCUCUGCACGCAAUGCUACAUGCACAACAAGCACGACCUGGCCCAUGCCUUCGAGCGCUACGAGACAGCCCACUCGCGCCCGGUCAUGCUGAGUCCCCGCCAGGGCCUCCCAAGGAUCCCGUUAAGGGGCAUCUUCCAAGGGGCGAAGGUGGUUCGGGGCCCCGACUGGGAGUGGGGCUCACAGGAUGGAGGAGAAGGAAAGCCAGGCCGAGUGGUGGACAUCCGUGGCUGGGAUGUGGAGACAGGCCGGAGCGUGGCCAGUGUGACGUGGGCCGAUGGCACCACCAACGUGUACCGUGUGGGCCACAAAGGCAAGGUGGACCUCAAGUGUGUGGGCGAGGCAGCUGGCGGCUUCUACUACAGGGAGCACCUCCCAAGGCUUGGCAAGCCUGCAGAGCUGCAGCGCAGGGUCAGUGCUGACGGCCAGCCCUUCCAGCGUGGGGACAAGGUCAAGUGUCUGCUGGACACGGACGUGCUGAGGGAGAUGCAGGAAGGCCACGGCGGGUGGAACCCCCGGAUGGCCAAGUUUAUCGGACAGACGGGCACCGUGCACCGCAUCACAGACCGUGGGGACGUGCGUGUGCAGUUCAGCCACAAGACCCGCUGGACCUUCCACCCUGGGGCUCUCACCAAGCAAAACUGCCUGGUGGGUGAGGUGGUGCGGGUUAUCGACGACCUUGACACGGUGAAGCGGCUGCAGGCUGGCCAUGGGGAGUGGACUGAUGACAUGGCCCCUGCUCUGGGCCGCAUUGGGAGAGUGCUGAAGGUUUUCGGAGAUGGGAACGUGGGUGUGCUGGUCAGUGGGAAGCUGUGGACCUUCAGCCCCUCCUGCCUGGUGGCCUACCGGCCUGAGGAAGAUGCCAACCUGGACGUAGCUGGGCGAGCCCGGGAGAACAAAAGCUCCCUGAGCGUUGUCCUGGACAAGCUUCGAGCCCAGAAGAGUGACCUGGAGCACCCAGGGAGGCUGGUGGUGGAGGUGGCUCUGGGCAAUGUGGCCCGGGCUCUGGACCUGCUGCGGCGGCACCCGGAACAGGUGGACACCAAGAAUCAGGGCAGGACUGCCCUGCAGAUGGCCACCUACCUAGGCCAGGUGGAGCUGGUGCGGCUGCUGCUGCAGGCUCAGGCGGGCGUUGACCUGCCGGAUGACGAGGGCAACACAGCACUGCACUACGCAGCCCUGGGGAACCAACCCGAGGCUGCCCGGGUACUCUUGAGCUCAGGUUGUGGGGCCAAUGCUCUGAACAGCACUCGGAGCUCAGCACUGCAUGUGGCCGUGCAGAGGGGCUUCCUGGAGGUGGUGAAGGUCCUCUGUGAGUGUGGCUGUGACGUCAACCUGCCUGAUGCCCAUGCUGACACACCCCUGCACUGCGCCAUCUCAGCGGGCACUGGUGCCAGCGGCAUUGUGGAGGUCCUCACCGAGGUGCCGGGCAUCGAUGUCACUGCCACCAACAGCCAGGGCUUCACCCUGCUGCACCACGCGUCCCUCAAAGGCCACACACUAGCUGUCAGGAGGAUUCUGGCGCGGGCCCGGCAGCUGGUGGACGCCAAGAAGGAGGAUGGGUUCACGGCACUGCACCUGGCCGCCUUCAACAACCACAGGGAGGUGGCCCAAGUUCUUAUCCGAGAGGGCCACUGUGAUGUGAACGCUCGCAACCGUAAGCUGCAGUCCCCGCUGCACCUGGCUGUGCAGCAGGCCCAUGUGGGGCUGGUGCCACUGCUGGUGGAUGCCGGCUGCAGCAUCAACGCGGAGGAUGAGGAGGGGGACACGGCUCUGCACGUGGCACUGCAGCGCCACCAGCUGCUGCCUCUGGCAGCUGAUGGGGGCGCAGGGGACCCGGGUCCCCUGCAGCUGCUGUCCAGGCUACAGGCCUCGGGCCUUCCGGGCAGCGCGGAGCUGACGGCAGGCGCAGCGAUCGCCUACUUCUUAGCGCUGGAGGGCGCCGACCUGAGCUAUGCCAACCACCGCGGCCGGAGCCCCCUGGACCUGGCUGCUGAGGGUCGCCUGCUCAAAGCCCUGCAGGGCUGUGCUCAGCGCUUCCGGGAGCGGCAGGCUGGCGGCGGUGGCAGCGGGGGCUCGGCCCAGGGCCCAAGACUGGUGCUCAGUGCUCCGAACACUGUGACCAACCUGCAUGUGGCCGCGUCGACGGGGCCCGAGGCCGCCGAGUGCCUAGUGUGCUCGGAGCUGGCGCUGCUGGUGCUGUUCUCGCCCUGCCAGCAUCGCACAGUGUGCGAGGAGUGCGCACGCAGGAUGAAGAAGUGCAUCAGGUGCCAGGUGGUCAUCAGCAAGAAGCUGCGCCCAGACGGCACGGAGGUGGUCAACGCAGCCCUCGCGCCCGGCCCGCCGCGGCAGCUGGUGGAGGAGCUGCAGAGCCGCUAUCGGCAGAUGGAGGAGCGCAUCACCUGCCCGAUUUGCAUCGACAGCCACAUCCGCCUCGUGUUCCAGUGUGGCCAUGGCGCGUGCGCGCCCUGUGGCGCGGCGCUCAGCGCCUGCCCCAUCUGCCGCCAGCCCAUCCGCGACCGCAUCCAGAUCUUCGUGUAGCCCGCGCCCCCCGCCUCGUUCCGGGGCCAUGCCCCGCGGCCACCCUCGCGAGCCCUUUCUCUGUGUUUUAUAAAGAGAUUGCUGGA